AUGUUGCCAACCGUGGAGAACGAAAAGCCGAAACUGCAGGAACCCGCCAUACCAGUCAUCAUCUGGAUUUACAUCUCCUGUUGGAUAGUCUUGAGCUCUGUCGCCAUUCUUUUCAACAAGUAUUUGCUGGACGAUCUUGCUUUUCACUACCCUGCAAUCCUGACAUGUUGGCAUCUAUUCUUUUCAACUGUGAUGACCCAGAUCCUGGCAAGAACUUCCACUGCUCUCGAUAGCAGAAAAACGGUUAGAAUGACUCCCCGAAUCUACCUUCGGGCCAUCGUCCCAAUCGGAGUUCUCUUCAGCGCUAGCUUGGUCUGCAGCAACCAAAGCUACCUCUAUCUCAGCGUAGCAUUCAUUCAAAUGCUCAAGGCCAGCGCCCCCGUAGCCGUCCUCCUAACCUCGUGGGCGUUCGGCGUUGCCUCCCCCAAACUACGCGUCCUCCUCAAUGUCCUCUUCAUCGUCUUCGGCGUGACCCUCGCCUCAUUUGGCGAGAUUAAGUUCGUCUGGCUCGGCUUCUUCUUCCAAGCCGGCGGGAUCUUUGCCGAAGCCAUGCGCGUGGUUUUGAUCCAGAUGCUGCUCUCAUCCGCAGGACAGAACAUGGACCCGCUCAUCUCGCUCUACUACUUCGCGCCCGUGUGCACGGUAAUGAACUUCCUAGUCGCCCUAGCCACGGAAUUCCCCUCCUUCCACCUCUCCUCAAUCUCCCGCGUUGGCCUCUUCACCCUCUUCCUAAACGCCAUCCUCGCAUUCCUGCUCAACGCAUCCUCGGUCUUCUUGAUCGGCAAGACGAGCGGAUUAGUAAUGACUCUUUGCGGCGUGCUGAAGAAUAUCCUCCUUGUGCUUGCCUCAGUCUUGCUUUGGGGGACGGUGAUAUUGCGGAUCCAAGCACUGGGGUAUACGAUCGCUGUGGCUGGGCUAAUCUACUACAGCGUCGGCUACGACGGCAUCCUGGCGUUUUAUGCUUCUACUUCCAAAUUCGGGAAGCAGAUUUGGGAAGGUGAGGCACCGGAGAAGAAGUUUGAAACUGCGAGCACGACGAGAAAGAGGCGAGGGAUUGCAAGGAAAGUAAUAAUCAUCGGCGUUUUUACGCUCUGUGUGGUGGGAUUGAUUGUUGGAAUGAUGGUCAGGAGUGGACAGGCGCAGUAUGGAGAGGAGUUGAGGAAGGCGACGCGAAGGAAGGGGUGGCUUGAUUUAAAGGGGCCAUGA